AUGUUUUUAUGCCUUUUUAUAUGGAUGGAAAGCAACUUUGGGUUUUGUGGUCAAUACAUCCAAUGGAUAGAUUUACUGCUAAAAGUCACCAUUUGGUUAGAAAAGACUCCUCAUAAAGCUCUGAUUGGUUGUAAAAACCGUGUACAAAAAAAUAAAAAAUUGGAAAAUCACUUUUUUUUGUUGCCAAUCUAUCCAAAAAAAGUGCAUGUAAAAUUUUCUGAUAUUUUUAUGUUAAAUUUGGAUAGAAAAAAUUUAUUUUUUUAG